AUGGCCACAGCGGCGACGGGUGCGUCUUCACACCGAGUGCACAUCGCCCCCGACAACAGCGGCCUCUGGCAAGUGCCACAGACAGAAGCCGCUGCCAAAAAGGCAUCCGAGUUGCUGCAGGAAGACAUGGAGAAACACCACGUCUUUUUCAACAAUGACGGAUUCCACAACCAUAUUCCCCACCACAUCCUCGCGCUCUACGGAACCGGCGCAGACGCGUCGGCGCUCCAAAAGGCCUACGACGAGAACGUGUCGUACCAGCGGCCAGCUCUGCCCGUGCACGCCGGUGACCGCGUCGUGGCCGACUUCAAGGACUGGGACCAUGCCCAAAAAUACCUCGGCAGGGCGCAGUACUACCCGGACUUUCUGCGCUUCUUCCAGACGGAGAUGGAGCAGCCCGGCAGCGGCUGGGAGGCCGUCCUGGCCAAGUACCUGUUCCGCCCACGGGACAACAACAGCAGCUCGCCCGCCGCCGCCGACGACAUGCUGGUCCGGCUGUACUCGGGGUUCCUGCACCCGCUGAUCCAGCUCAUGUACGGCAUGGAGUGGCAGCAGCCGGCCAUCGUAGCCGAGGCGCUGGCGCAGACGGCCGUGCACGGCAACGACAUCAAGGAGUUCCUACUGGAGUCGGAGAAGCGAGCUUAUACGGAAGCAGAGAAGCGGCCGAUGCCGCCCAGCGCGGCGCUGCUCGACGCCGUGCGCGCCGAUAAGGACCUGGCCGCCGCCGCACGCAUGGAAGACGGUAACAAGAUCCGCGACGGCGUGCUGGCACGCGCCAAGGAGGCCAUGAUUCGCAUCGCGGCCCGGGUGCGCGUGGCGCCCGACGAGCUGGACGAGCGCACCGCCGAGAUGUUCAACGCCUGCGUCUACAUGGGCGCCGCGGCCGCCGUGCACCCGCCCAAGCACCCCAAGUUUGACUUUUUUCUCAUGCACCACAUCAACGCGAGCCCCAUCUUCGCCACCAUCAACGCGCAGCCGUGGAUCGCCGCCACGACCAAGGCGCGCGUGCUGGAGUGGAAGAUCCGGAUGGACCUGAUCCAGUACGCCGCGCGGGGGGUGCCAGACCUAAACCUCGACAAGAUCGCGACGUACCGGCCCAAGACGACCGGCGCGCCAGCAGGCACGCCCAUCGAAACCAUCAUCGCCCGCCUGCACCAGCAACCCGACGACGGCCACGCGAUCAAGCUCGGGCGUGCAGCGCGCGUGUGCCGCGACCUGUGCAAGCCGUUCGAGGACGCGUGGGCCACAAGCGCGAGCACAAACACAAACACAGUCGUCGCCGGCGCGGAGCAGUGGGCCGCGGUGGCGAAUCUGAUUGUAGAUUCGGUCGAGGCGCCGGGGCCGCGGUGGGUGCGGUCUUGUGGGUUUGAGGAGGCGUGGAAGGAUGUCCCCGACGCGGCCGACGCCAAGUUGUGA